AUGGAAUCAAAUCAUGAAUUUGAUUACAAAUUUUGCGGUUAUGAAUCAUGUCCAAAGAUAAUUCCUGACUUGUUAAAUGUCCACAUAGUUUCACAUACACACGAUGAUGUUGGCUGGUUGAAGACAGUUGAUCAAUAUUAUUAUGGAACCAAUUUACGACAUCAGAAUGCAGGUGUUCAAUUCAUAUUAGACACUGUCGUUCAAGGAUUGCUGCAUGAUCCAAAAAGAAAGUUUAUUUAUGUUGAGUCGGCGUUUUUCUUUAAGUGGUGGAACGAACAAACAGACGACUUGAAGGAUCAAGUUAAGAUGCUUGUAAAUGAAGGUCGAUUGGAGUUUAUUGGAGGUGCUUGGAGUAUGAAUGAUGAAGCUGCUGCUCAUUAUCAAAGCAUUAUUGAUCAGUUCACUUGGGGCUUGCGUCUCUUAAAUGACACAUUUGGUGAGUGUGGCCGUCCGAAGAUUGGAUGGCAAAUUGAUCCAUUCGGUCACUCACGAGAACAAGCUUCACUUUUCACUAAAAUGGGAUACGACGGCAUGUUUUUUGGACGACUCGAUUAUCGUGAUAAAGAUAAGAGAAAGGAACAUAAAACAAUGGAAAUGAUUUGGAAGUCAAGCGAUACUUUGGGUAUUGAAUUUUAUUCAAAGAUCUUCAAUUCUCAACAUUGUUUUAAUAGUUUUAUUUAUUUAGACGAUUCUGAAUUAUUUACUGGUGUAUUGUACAAUCUCUAUUCACCGCCUGAUGGAUUCUGUUAUGAUUAUCUUUGCUUUGAAGAACCACUUAACGAUAAUCAGAACAGCCCUGAUUACAACAUUGACACUAAAUUUAAAAAAUUAAAAAAGUAUGUAGAAAAUCAAGCAACUUCUUAUCGUACAAACAACAUCAUUUUAACAAUGGGAGGCGAUUUUCAUUACAUGUCAGCUCAAAAAUGGUUCAAAAACUUAGACAAACUCAUCAAAUACGCUAACGAACGUCAAAAUGAACUCAAGCUGAACGUGUUUUAUUCAACACCAUCGUGUUAUCUCAAAGCUCUCCAUGAAUCUGGAGUAGCAUUUCCUACAAAAGUUGACGAUUUCUUCCCUUACGCCAAUAAUGCACAUGCCUAUUGGACUGGAUAUUACACGUCUCGUCCUUCUUCGAAAAGAUUUGAACGAAUAGGCAAUCAUUUUCUACAAAUCUGUAAACAACUUUCGGCAAAUGCUAAGAAACCAGAAGAAUCGUAUGAAGAUCAUUUGGGAUAUUUAAGAAGAAUUAUGGGAGUGAUGCAACAUCACGAUGCAAUAACUGGGACUGAGAAGCAACAUGUAGCUGACGAUUAUCACAGAGAACUCCACGCGUCAAUUGUGCAAUGUGAACACAACACAAAAUCAUCUCUGAAUCAAUUCUUGACUGACAUUGAGCCCAGCAACUCAUCGUCACCUACUCAAUGGGAAUUUGAAUUCAACUCAUGCUUAAACUUAAACAUCAGCGUUUGUUCAAUCUCAGAGAAUUCUGAUAAGUUCAUGGUGACAGUUUAUAACCCACUUGGUCAUGAAACAAAUCAAUUUGUUAGAUUUCCAGUUAGUGGAAAUUCUUACGAAGUUCGAGAUGGCGAAAACACUUUGAUUCCAAUUGAAAUCGUCCAAAUACCAACAUCGGUCAUGAAUAUUCAUUAUCGAACAAGUCCAACAGCCAAUGAAGUUGUCUUCAGAGCUGAGAAAGUACCAGCGAUGGGAUAUAAAUCAUAUUUUGUAUCAAAAACGAUUCAGCAGACAUCACAAGUUGCACCAAAAGUAGACGUCGAAAGUGUCAGCAUUGGGAAUGAAUUCUUAAGCAUUUCCUUCAAUAGCAAAGGUUUACUACAAAAUAUCACAAUUGAUGGUGAAACAAGAAAUCUCCGUCAAAACUUUCUUUAUUACAACAGCGACACUUCCGGUGCUUAUUCUUUCAGACCUGAUCCCAAGAGUAAAGAAUCCUUAGUUGGAGUCAAUGUAAAUUUAAAAGUCAUACAUGGUGAUCUUGUCAAUGAAGUUCACCAGAUUUUCAAUGAAUGGAUUAGUCAGGUAGUGAGGGUUUACAAAAAUCAGAAAUUCGUUGAAUUCGAAUGGCUUGUCGGUCCAAUUCCUAAUGAUUCAAAAAGUAAAGAAAUUGUUACGAGAUUCCUCACUGACAUCGAAUCAAAUGAAGAAUUUUUUACUGAUUCAAAUGGUCGACAAAUGAUAAAACGAAAACGAAAUUUCCGAGAAACUUUCCAGUUAACGUUUGAAGAACCGAUUGCCAGUAAUUAUUAUCCAAUAAGUUCAAGGAUUGCUAUCGAAGACAACACUCAUCGACUCGCCAUUUUGAAUGAUCGGGCUCAAGGUGGAGCAAGCAUUAUUGAUGGAACUCUGGAAAUUAUGGUUCACCGUCGUACUGUACGAGAUGAUCAUUAUGGAGUUGGUGAACCUUUGGUUGAAAAAAGUUUUGGAAAAGGUCUGAUAGUAAGAGGCAAGCAUUGGCUUAUAUUUGGAAAGAAAUCAACUCAAAAUCCUUCUUUGGAAGCUCGUGAAAGAUUUUUGCAAAACCAAGUUCAUCUCUCCAACUGGCUUUUCUUUGAUGAAAUUAAAAGUCUGACGGUUAAUGAAUGGUCGGAAAAGUACAACACAAAGCACUCAUCAAUUGGAUUUAGUUUGCCACCUAACAUUCAUCUAAUGACAGUUGAACCCUGGAAGGAUAACUCAACAUUAGUUCGUUUUGAACAUUUAUUUGAUACUGGCGAAGAUCCAUUCUUUUCAAAACCUGUAAACUUAAACUUAGCAGAUAUUUUCAUAAACAAAUCAAGAAUUAUUCAAGCAGUACCUUCAACUUCUACAGGAAAAGCAGAGAACUCGCAAUGUGGUUAUCAGUCUUGCCCAGUGGUCUCAUCUGAUAGUGAAAUAUUAAAUGUUCAUCUUGUUCCACAUACUCACGAUGAUGUUGGAUGGUUGAAGACAAUUGAUCAAUAUUAUUAUGGAAGUCGAGGUGGUAUACAAAAAGCUAGCGUUCAAUAUAUUCUCGAUACAGUUGUGCAAGAAUUACUACAAAAUCCAGCAAGGAAAUUUGUUUUCGUGGAGUCAGCGUUUUUCUUUAAGUGGUGGAACGAACAAACUGACGACUUAAAGGAACAGGUUAAGAUGCUUGUAAAUGAAGGUCGAUUGGAGUUCAUUGGAGGUGCUUGGAGUAUGAAUGAUGAAGCUGCUGCUCAUUAUCAAAGUCUCAUUGAUCAGUUCACUUGGGGCUUGCGACUUUUAAAUGACACAUUUGGUGAGUGUGGCCGUCCGAAGAUUGGAUGGCAAAUUGAUCCAUUCGGUCACUCAAGAGAACAAGCUUCACUUUUCACUAAAAUGGGAUACGACGGUUUGUUCUUCGCACGCCUUGAUUGGCGUGAUAAAACACAGAGAAGACGUGAUAAGUCAAUGGAAAUGGUUUGGAAAUCAAGUUCUGCUUUGGAGGAUUCUGAUCUUUUCACCGGAGUUCUGUAUAAUCAUUACAGUGCCCCCAGAGGAUUUUGCUAUGAUUAUCUUUGCAAUGACGAGCCAAUAAUUGAUGACAUUGAAAGUCCCGACUAUAAUGUCGAAGAAAGACUUUUGGAAUUCAAAAAAUUUGUGGACGAACAAGCAGAGUCUUAUCGUACAAAAAACGUAAUCUUAACAAUGGGCGACGAUUUUCAUUACAUGUCUGCUCAAAUGUGGUUCAAGAACUUAGACAAACUCAUCAAAUACGCUGACGAACGUCAAAAUGAACUCAAGCUGAACGUGUUNNNNAAAAAGUAUGUAGAAAAUCAAGCAACUUCUUAUCGUACAAACAAUAUCAUUUUAACAAUGGGAGGCGAUUUUCAUUACAUGUCAGCUCAAAAAUGGUUCAAGAACUUAGACAAACUCAUCAAAUACGCUAACGAACGUCAAAAUGAACUCAAGCUGAACGUGUUUUAUUCAACACCAUCGUGUUAUCUCAAAGCUCUCCAUGAAUCUGGAGUAGCAUUUCCUACAAAAGUUGACGAUUUCUUCCCUUACGCCAACGAUCCACAUGCCUAUUGGAGUGGAUAUUACACGUCUCGUCCUUCUUCUAAAAGAUUUGAACGAAUAGGCAAUCAUUUUCUACAAAUCUGCAAACAACUUUCGGCAAAUGCUAAGAAACCAGAAGAAUCGUAUGAAGAUCAUUUGGGAUAUUUAAGAAGAAUUAUGGGAGUGAUGCAACAUCACGAUGCAAUAACUGGGACUGAGAAGCAACAUGUAGCUGACGAUUAUCACAGAGAACUCCACGCGUCAAUUGUGCAAUGUGAACACAACACAAAAUCAUCUCUGAAUCAAUUCUUGACUGACAUUGAGCCCAGCAACUCAUCGUCACCUACUCAAUGGGAAUUUGAAUUCAACUCAUGCUUAAACUUAAACAUCAGCGUUUGUUCAAUCUCAGAGAAUUCUGAUAAGUUCAUGGCGACAGUUUAUAACCCACUUGGUCAUGAAACAAAUCAAUUUGUUAGAUUUCCAGUUAGUGGAAAUUCUUACGAAGUUCGAGAUGGCGAAAACACUUUGAUUCCAAUUGAAAUCGUCCAAAUACCAACAUCGGUCAUGAAUAUUCAUUAUCGAACAAGUCCAACACCCAAUGAAGUUGUCUUCAGAGCUGAGAAAGUACCAGCAAUGGGGUAUAAAUCAUAUUUUGUAUCAAAAACGACUCAGCAGACAUCACAAGUUGCACCAAAAGUAGACGUCGAAAGUGUCAGCAUUGGGAAUGAAUUCUUAAGCAUCGCUUUUGAUGCAAAUGGUCUGCUAGAAAAUAUCACAAUUGAUGGUGAAACAAAAAGUCUGCGCCAAAAGUUUAUUAUGUACUAUGGAGCUGCUGGAAACAAUGCAAUAUUCGCAAACAGAUCUUCAGGUGCUUACAUUUUUAGACCAGAUGGAAAUGUCGAUGAGUUUGUUCUUGAUCAGGACGUUUCACUUCAAGUUGUUCGAGGUGAUUUAGUUGACGAAGUCCAUCAAACGAUCAACAGUUGGAUAAGUCAGGUUGUGAGAGUUUACAAAGAUCAGAAAUUCGUUGAAUUCGAAUGGCUUGUCGGUCCAAUUCCAGUUGAAGAUGGCAUUGGAAAAGAAAUUGUUUCGAGAUUCUUCACUGACAUCGAAUCAAAUGAAGAUUUCUUUACUGAUUCAAAUGGUCGACAAAUGAUAAAACGAAAACGAAAUUUCCGAGAAACUUUCCAGUUAACGUUUGAAGAACCGAUUGCCAGCAAUUAUUAUCCUAUAAAUUCGAAGAUUGCUAUUGAAGACAACACUCAUCGACUCGCCGUUUUGAAUGAUCGUGCUCAAGGUGGAGCAAGCAUUAUUGAUGGAACUCUGGAACUCAUGGUUCACCGUCGACUUCUUUACGAUGAUGCAUUUGGGGUAGCUGAAGCCUUGAAUGAAGUUGAGCAUGGCUCGGGUCUCAUAGCAAGAGGCAAGCACUGUCUUAUAUUUGGAAAGAAAUCAACACAAAAUCCUUCUCUGGAAGCUCGUGAAAGAUUUUUGCAAAACGAAGUUCAUCUUUCCAACUGGCUUUUCUUUGAUGAAAUCCAAAGCAUGACAGUUAAUGAAUGGGCAGAAAAAUAUCACACUGAGCAUUCGACAAUUGGAUCUGAUUUACCACAAAAUGUUUAUGCAAUGACAGUCGAACCAUGGAAAGAUGAUUCAACAUUAAUUCGCUUUGAACACAUAUUAGAAAACAAUGAAGAUUCCCAAUAUUCUCAAACAAUAACUUUUAAUUUAACUGAAGUUUUUCCUGGAGACUUUUCCUUUUCUGAAGUUACACUUUCGGCUAAUCAAUGGAUUGAAGAUUUGGAUCGCCUUCAAUUCCAACAAAUAGGUGCGAAAAGUUUCUCGUAUCCAAAAUCACAAUCAGUGAAAGUCAACACACAAAAAGCAUUAUCUGGAGAUGACUUAAUUGUUUCUCUAAAUCCAAUGGAGAUACGAACGUUUAUUAUGACUGCAAGUUCUGCUUUUAAGUUACACAUAUUCAUACUUUCCCCACUUUUAACAUUAGUAAUAAUAUUGAAAAAUCUUUUUUAAUUUGAAACAUGUCAAAGGCUGUGCCCAAGUGUAUGCUUUGUAAAAACUGUCGAGAUUACUAGAGGUGAAAAUUAAUGAAACAUAUGACAUGAAACGUCACCAGAAUGAAAGCCAGCCAAAUUAAAGAAAAAAAUAAAUUAACUCUUCUCAAAAUGAAAUUCAUCUUAUUUUGUGUUCGCGGUUGUUUGAAACUGAUGAGUUGACGAUACGAGUCUUAUUUUUAAGCGAUGUCCAUGUGGCAUACAGAAAAAAUUAAUUGUUGGGGCAUUUGCAGGCCACACUCGUAAAUUAAAGCUGUGAGAUUAAAGAAUUUUUUCUUCAGUUUAUUAUUUCCAAAUUCUAAUCAAUAAAAUUUUAAUGAAAUAUUUUUAAUUAAAGGAUUUAAUUUCACGCUUUUUUCUCUUACGUUUUUUGCGUCUCA